CUCGUCUGCUUCCCAUCCCAGGAGAGGGAUUUUCGUUCCUCACAAAACCCAAAGCACUGAUCUCUCUCUCUCUCUCUCAUGUCAUAUCAUGCAAAUAGCACCCUAAGCGGAGCGUCCUUUAACAACAACUACCCCCCCCAGCCCACAACAUUUGUUUCGCCCUUCGCCAGCUCAUUCAUUCCCAACCCCAACCCCAAACGCACCAAGACACCAACCCAACCCGGGCGUUCACUCUCUGAUAUCCUCUCUCUCUCUCUCUCUCUCUCUCUCUCAACGUUUUCUCCACCGGAUCUCUUGGAGUUACCCUUUGGAGAUGCGUGCUUUCUGAACAUCGUCUCUUUACCCCUUUUAUAUAUUCGUCUGGGUCUCUCUCUCUUAUACCCGAGUACUCGUUUUCGGGUUUUUUUUUUAAAAAAAAAAAAACUUUGUCUGCGAUUUCUCUCCUAAAUAUCUUGUAGGGUUUUCGGGGUUCGUUCUCUUUGUUGUUCAAGAACAGAGUGUUUUUCUUGUUUCUGCUUGAAGAGAGAGAGAGAAAGAGAGAGAAUGGCUAAUGGGGCCGAGAGGGAGUGUGAGUUGGUGGUGAUGUUUAGCGAUGAGGAGCUGAAAGAGAUGAGUGGGGUGAAGAGGGGCUUGGACUAUAUAGAGGUCAUGUGUGGGUGUACCAGCCACAGAUAUGGUGACGCCGUUGGGAGGCUUAGGGUUUUCCAAAAUGGUGACCUUGAGAUCACUUGUGAAUGCACCCCUGGUUGUCAGGAAGACAAGUUGACUCCGGCUGCAUUUGAGAAGCACUCUGGAAGAGAGACAGCUAGGAAAUGGAAGAAUAAUAUUUGGGUUAUAGUUAAUGGGGAGAAGGUUCCAUUGUUUAAGACAGUGCUGCUCAAAUACUACAACCAAGUAUCAAAAAAUGCUAAUGGGUCCCACAGAUCCCAUAAUGGACGAGUUUCUCACCGUGAUGAGUUUGUUCGUUGUACUAGAUGCAACAAGGAGCGUAGGUUCCGAUUGCGAACAAAAGAGGAAUGUCGCAUUCAUCAUGAUGCUUUGGCAGAUGUAAAUUGGAAAUGUCCUGAUCUUUCAUAUGAUGAAAUUACAUGUGAUGAUGACGAAGAGCGAGGGAGUCGCAGAGUGUACAGGGGCUGCACGCGUUCUCCAACAUGCAAGGGCUGCACUUCUUGUGUCUGUUUUGGAUGUGAAAUCUGUCGUUUCUCUGAUUGCAGCUGCCAAACCUGCAUCGACUUUACUAGGAAUGCGAAGACUUGAGUCUCCAAAAGCAUUAAUCCGUCAAUCAAGCCCACCCACAUUUGAAAAGCUCUGAGAGUCAUUUGUCUACCUUACAGACAGCGGAUAUGAGUUUACCUCCCUCCCUGCAGGGUUUGUUCAUCAGUGUUCGCUGUUCACGUGGACUGGUUUAUAACACUUAUCAAAUUCAGUAACUUAUUCCUUCCA